CCAGAGGAGGUGGUUGAAGAGGAUGCACAGGAAGAAGAGGAGCCAGCCAUAGAGGAGGAAGAGGAGACCAAUGAGGAGCCAGGGGAGGAGCCACAGGAGGGAGAGGAGGAGCAUGCAGAUGAAGGGGAGGGGGCAGAGGAGGGAGAAGAGGAGGCCAAACCUAAAUUCAAGCCGUUCAUAAUGCCCAACCUCAUCCCACCUAAGAUCCCAGAUGGAGAGAAGGUAGAUUUUGAUGACAUCCACAGGAAGCGUAUGGAGAAGGAUCUGAAUGAGCUGCAGACACUGAUCGAGGUUCACUUUGAAAGCAGGAAGAAGGAGGAGGAGGAGCUUAUCAACCUCACAGACAGGAUUGAGAAGCGACGUUCUGAACGAUCAGAGCAGCAAAGGAUCCGCAGCGAACGAGAGAAAGAACGACAGAAGAGGUUGGAGGAUGAGAGGACUCGUAAAGAGGAGGAGGAGGCAAAGAGGAAAGCAGAUGACGAUGCUAAAAAGAAGAAGACGUUGACCAGCCUACACUUUGGAGGCUACAUGCAGAAGAUGGAGGUCAGAGGGAAGAGACAGACAGAAAGAGAGAAGAAGAAGAAGAUUCUACAGGACAGACGAAAGUCUCUGGACAUCGAGAACAUGAGCCAGGACAAACUGAAAGACAAGGCCCAGGAGCUGUGGCUGUGGCAGCAGGAGCUGGAGGCUGAGAAGUUUGAUCUGCAGUAUCAGAUUAGCAGACAGAAGUAUGACAUCAACGUCCUCCGCAACAGAGUGUCAGACCACCAGAAAACCACCAAGAGAACCAAGAGAGGCCUGAGGAAGUAGAGAGAUAUUGAAGAGGGACUGAAGAGGGACAGAAGAGGGACUGACGUAGACUGAAGAGGGACUGACGUAGACUGAAGAGGGACUGACGUAGACUGAAGAGGGACUGACGUAGACUGGCUGAGGGACUGACGUAGACUGGCUGAGGGACUGAAGUAGACUGGCUGAGGGACUGAAGUAGACUGGCUGAGAGACUGACGUAGACUGAAGAGGGACUGAAGUAGACUAAAGAGGGACUGAAGUAGUCUGAUGAGGGACUGAUGUAGGCGGAAGUGGGACGGAAAUAGACUGGCUGAGGAGAUCAGCUGUCUGACCUAUUUGUCUACUGUCUGAUAACUCUCCUUCCUACAUCUCUCUCUCCUUCCUACAUCUCUCUCUCCUUCCUACAUCUCUCUCUCUUCCUACAUCUCUCUCUCUUCCUACAUCUCUCUCUCUUCCUACAUCUCUCUCUCUUCCUACAUCUCUCUCUCCUUCCCAGAUCUCUCUCCUUCCUACAUCUCUCCUUCCUUCCUACAUCUCUCCUUCCUUCCUACAUCUCUCUCUCCUUCCCAGAUCUCUCUCCUUCCUACAUCUCUCCUUCCUUCCUACAUCUCUCCUUGAUUCCUACAUCUCUCUCUCCUUCCCAGAUCUCUCUCCUUCCUACAUCUCUCCUUCCUUCCUACAUCUCUCCUUCCUUCCUACAUCGCUCUCCUUCCUACAUCUCUCUCUCCUUCCUACAUCUCUCUCUCCUUCCUACAUCUCUCCUUCCUUCCUACAUCUCUCUCUCUUCCCACAUCUCUCUCUCUUCCUACAUCUCUCUCCUUCCUACAUCUCUCUCUCCUUCCUACAUCUCUCUCUCCUUCCUACAUCUCUCUCUCCUUCCUACAUCUCUCUCUCCUUCCUACAUCUCUCUCUCCUUCCUUCCUACAUCUCUCUCCUUCCUACAUCUCUCUCUCCUUCCUUCCUACAUCUCUCUCCUUCCUACAUCUCUCUCUCCUUCCUUCCUACAUCUCUCUCCUUCCUACAUCUCUCUCUCCUUCCUUCCUACAUCUCUCUCUCCUUCCUACAUCUCUCUCUCCUUCCUUCCUACAUCUCUCUCUCCUUCCUUCCCACAUCUCUCUCUCUUCCUACAUCUCUCUCUCCUUCCUACAUCUCUCUCUCCUUCCUACAUCUCUCUCUCCUUCCUACAUCUCUCUCUCUUCCUACAUCUCUCUCUCUUCCUACAUCUCUCUCCUUCCCACAUCUCUCUCCUUCCCACAUCUCUCUCCUUCCUACAUCUCUCUCUCCUUCCUACAUCUCUCUCUUCCUACAUCUCUCUCUCCUUCCUACAUCUCUCUCUCCUUCCUACAUCUCUCUCUCCUUCCUACAUCUCUCUCCUUCCUACAUCUCUCUCCUUCCUACAUCUCUCUCUCCUUCCUACAUCUCUCUCUCCUUCCUACAUCUCUCUCUCCUUCCUACAUCUCUCUCCUUCCUACAUCUCUCUCUCUUCCUACAUCUCUCUCUUCCUACAUCUCUCUCUCCUUCCUACAUCUCUCUCUCCUUCCUACAUCUCUCUCUCCUUCCUACAUCUCUCUCUCCUUCCUACAUCUCUCUCUCCUUCCUACAUCUCUCUCUCCUUCCUACAUCUCUCUCUCCUUCCUACAUCUCUCUCUCCUUCCUACAUCUCUCUUCUCCUUCCUACAUCUCUCUUCUCCUUCCUACAUCUCUCUUCUCCUUCCUACAUGUCUCCUUCCUUCCUACAUCUCUCUCCUUCCUACAUCUCUCCUUCCUUCCCGCAUCUCUCUCUCUUCCUACAACUCUUUCGUUACAUCCUUAUCCCUGUCCCUCCCCUGUCUCCUUACCCUCUUCCUUCCUCUCCCAAACCUUGUUUGAUAUUUUCUGUUUCUUUCCCCGUAGUGUGUGGUGUAAAUAAAAUCCUUCAUCUCA